AAAUUACAAUUGGCUAGAUUAAAGACCAUAAAUCAUGAGCAAAUUGUGGGCAUUGCUUACUCAUCUACAUGCUUUAGCCGGGCCAGUGGUGAUGUUACUCUAUCCUCUAUAUGCAUCAGUAGUAGCAAUAGAGAGCACAUCAAAGUUGGAUGAUGAACAAUGGCUUGCUUAUUGGAUUCUAUACUCUUUUCUUACUCUUAUGGAGAUGCUUCUUCAACCUAUUCUACAAUGGAUACCAAUUUGGUAUGAGGUGAAAUUGGGAAUGGUGGCAUGGUUGGUUCUUCCCCAAUUCAGAGGAGCUGCUUUUAUCUAUAACAAAUUUGUGAGGGAAAAACUCAUCAAGAAGUAUGGAUCUUCAUAUAUCCACCACAAGUCUCAAUCUCCAGAUGGAAAAAUCAAAAACAAAAUUGUGGAUUACAUCACCCUCAAGAAGGGAGAUCAUUAAUUUAAAGUCAUUGAGGAUGGAUGCAGCAUCAAAUUAGGCUAUGAAUGGUCUUAAUUAUGUGGAUAUGUGCCACAUCAAGAUAAUGUAGUUAUGUUGUUGUAGAUCAAAUAGACAUUGCUG